AUGUAUGAUCACAGCCAAGCUCCUCUUAAGGGCUCAUACAAAUCUCUCGAUACGUUGAAUAGGCAAGAAGGAAUGCAGACACAGAGCAAUGAAGACGCACCUGGCGAGCUGUCGAUCAGCCCCCUAUCGCCGCUGAUUCGCCACAACGUCGCAUCUCGAUUAGAGUUUUCAGAGGGAUCUUCGUCUGCAUAUGCUCCAAACCACCCUGACAAUGAUGGUCAAAAUGGAAAUCAGUCCCAAAUCGGACCACAAAGUCGGAUGCCAACAGGUUGGAGGUUUGGCGCGAUGAUGGCAGCCGCCUUGACAUUUAUCAUCUUACUGAUAAAUACGAUUCUUUCCGUGGUAUUUACAUCAAGGAUUCGCCAAAGCGGGUAUUCCGGCAGCAUCGCACCUGUUCGCGUUGGCGAUUGCGGAGCCAUCAAGUCGCUUGCAACCGGCAUCCACAUUCUCAUCAACAUCGCCAGCACUUUGCUCCUUGGUGCAAGCAACUAUUGCAUGCAGACCGUCAGCGCCCCCAUGCGACAAGAUGUUGACAAAGCUCACGCCCGAGGCAAAUGGCUUGACAUUGGAAUCCCCAGUGUCCGGAACUUGUUUUAUAUCGAGAAGAGAAGGCUUCUCAUCUGGCUCUGCUUGGGCUUUUCGUCUAUCCCACUCCACUUUGUUUACAACUCCGUAUUCAUUGUUUCGACUCCAAACCAUUUGUACCGAAUCGUGCUGGCUGAUGAAUCUUUUAUCAGGGGGGUACCAUUUGGCAAAUACAAUCAUUGGUACUAUCCACCUGAUGCGCCCAGGCUCGAUGAGAGCCUACGAUUCAUACAAGAUGCAGUGCAGAACAAUAAAUAUGAGAAGUUGGCACCAGACGACUGUAUAAAAGCGUAUGCAAAGGGUGUAAUCUAUGACCGAGCAAACGUCGUUGUGGUGCUCGACCCACCAGAUGACUGCCACAAGUUUAAAAACUUACGCAUGUUUCUUUUUGAGGAUGAUCCUAGGUUCUGCGAGACCCCAAUGAACGGCUCCAUCUACGCCACGUUCCUCUACAAGACUGACUUUAGUGUCAGCACUGGCACGAGUGACGACCAGGAUUAUUUUUCUUGGAUCUGCUCCCUAGAGCCUUAUGGCGCAGUUAUUUCGAAGCUAAAGAAGUGCAGCGAUGGCGCUUGGAAGAACCAGAUGAGCCCAGCUAGUUGGACGAUAGGAACCGGGAGAGUCAAGUAUUGCUUAAGCCAGAAACCGGAAAACCAAUGUCAGUUGAAGGUUGUUCUCAACCUCAUCUAUGUGGUUGUCUGCUUCAAUGCUCUCAAAUUUGUGAUCAUUGUUAUCUUGGCCACGAGCAAUCUGGCGAACCGAGAACCUCUUGUCACCAUUGGGGACGCCGUUGCCUCGUUCAUCGAUUCUCAAGAACGAGUGACGAAGGGAAUGUGCUUGCUAUCGUCCGCGGAGGUUCAUUCUUCUCAAAAACUAGACGAAUAUCAAGAGAUCCCAGCCGUGGUAUAUAAAUCACAAAACAGCAGAUGCUCGAUGGCCGUUAGCCAUCGCCGCUGGCUGUUGGCUUCGAUACUUAUACUUGUGGCUUUAGCUACUCUCAUUGGACUGCUGGUAUAUGGUGCAAAUGAUUUAAAUCGACGUUUCUCGCGUGGUGAUGGACAAUCGCUAUGGGAUCUUGGCAUCGGUACCAUCAAUCCAUACACGGCCAUUGCCUGGGCCUUGCCGAGAAAAGGUGAGGCGUCCAUCAUAGCUACUGUACUAAUUUCCAACUUACCCCAAGUUUUGCUUUCUUUUCUCUAUCUCAUUCUCAAUAGCUUGAUCACAGCGAUGGCGGGUGCUAUCGAAUGGUCGAAGUAUGGCCAAGGUACUCAACGCCCCCUUCGGGUAUCCUUCCCAAAAGGCAGCCAACGGUCUACAUUCUUCCUACAGCUUCCGUACCGAUACAGUAUUCCGAUGCUGUCUGUCUCGGUUUUGAUGCAUUGGAUGGUCUCUCAGAGCCUGUUUGUGGUACAGAUAUUCCAGAAGCCCACCUGGCUACCUCAACACGGUGUAGAGUAUUCAGAUGCGGAGGAACCACUUACAGUCCCUGCCUACUCCCCUAUGGCCAUUAUCUUGACCAUUAUUAUCGUGGCAGUAACAUUUCUUGGCAUAGUGGGACUAGGCAGGGUCCGACUGAGAGAUGGCCUGCCUGCAACCAAGAACAGUAGCUUGGUUAUCUCGGCCGCAUGUCAUCCAUUGGAGGGGACCUCAAGCACGGAUGCCGUGAAAUGGGGGGUGGUACUAACUGCAGAACAUAGUUCGAACCAAGUGGGCCAUUGCUCCUUUUCCAAUUCUGAGGUUGGUUUUCCGGAGGAAGGAAGGGAAUACUCGUGA